CAAACUACUUAAGACUUAGUACCGAGCGUUAAUUAUUGUUCCAUGCACCGUAUACUAGUGACCCAAUCCAGAGUGGAGAAAAAAAGUUUCAGCAGCGACAUAACGGGGUCCAACUGACUCAGUGGUCACCUCACGAUCUGAUGAUCUAACAUUAUUGUCUUCAUCUCAAAUCGGAAAUGAGAGAUCACCCCAGGCAGGAAAUGGCGACAUUUUACUUAAGGACUUUAUCCGUCAUAUCUCUUAUACACAGUAGAGAGUAUAAGAUGAGAGAUAAUGUUGAUACUAUUGUGUUUGGUGUACCUACCUACUGUUUUAUCAACAGUAAAUUUGGCGUUGAACAGACCGACGACGAUGACAUCAAUCUCCCGUUCUAUAAUCGACGCCGGCUCGUCUAACGCUGUGGACGGAAAUAACGACACGAACAUCUUCGCCGGACACUGCACGUUGACGGACUCCACGGGGAACUACCCUAGCACCUGGUGGCGAGUUCGUCUAUCCGGAGCUUCCACCGUCAAAUCCAUAAACAUUGUCUCCAGACCUACCUUUGAAAGUCGUAUAGCAGGGAUCUCGGUGUACGUUUCCACUGGAUCGUUAGCAGAUUCGCAGUUCUUUGUCCAUCCGUUCGCGUUUUACGAUAAAGGGCCAUAUAUUCCAAACUCCAACAUCCGUAUAAACCUUCCGGAGCCUCUUGUUGGGGACUAUGUGACUGUCUACAACAACAGAACGGUCCGUCCCUUACCCCCGGGCUACAGCAACUCGGCGAUACUGGAACUCUGCGAGGUUGAGGUCAUUGGCUGUCCCCGGGGGUUGUAUGGAAUCUCUUGUCAGCUCAGCUGUCCCGUAAACUGCCAGGAGGGCACGUGUGACCCUGACACUGGAAGUUGUUACAAAGGGUGUUCUGCUGGAUACACGGGGAGUCUUUGUAAUGAAAAUUGUCCACUGGGAUACUACGGUCCAGGAUGUAGUGUUCGUUGUGGUGCCUGUGGACAGGGGAUGCCCUGCGAGCCCCUAAGUGGACGCUGUCCCACGGGCUGCAGACCUGGGUACUCCUCCCCGUACUGCAACCAGAGUUGUACAUGGGGAUUUUAUGGAGUCGGUUGUGCACUGAGAUGUAGGCCAUGUCCAGAAAACCGAACUUGUCACGCCAUGACAGGAGAAUGUCCGGGGUCACGGUCACUUGGGAUGCAGGUGAGGGGGCCCGGAGACCCGGUGUUUGACGGUACCGUGGCGGGGAUACUGAUCCCCCUCUUCCUGGUCAUCGUCAUUGUCCUGGGCUGUGUGGGCUGGAGAAAUAGACACAACCUCGGAGCCGCUAAAGAAUGUAAAAACAGAGUGGCAGCAUAUCUAAGCGAAAAAACGCAGAGUGGAUCCCAGUAUUUGAGGAAAAAAAGUCGAAAAAGCAUCAGCAGAAUGACAAAGAUGAUGAGAAGGGGGCAGUAUAUACGAAAUGUUUCCACCGAAAUCACGCCUCCCACCAGAGAACACGCAAGAGGCAAGGAAAAUGUCUACAUUAAUGUAGGAAUUGAUAAAGUUCCUAUAAUAACACUAGAAGAGGGUGUGACCGAUGAGGAAACGAAAACAAACACAAUUGAAAAACCGCCUAGACCGUCAAAUCCAAAAGCUAGCGCUCCGUACGAGAACACGAUGAUACACGAAAUCCCCAUCUCAGAGCUAGCGUACGUGGUGUCAGAAAACGCCAAAGACAAUAAUAGACCACUCAAAGAUCAAUUCAAACAACUGAGAUAUGGACUACAUGACAAAUGUGACAUUGCAAAGAAGGCAGAGAAUAGUUCUAAAAACAGAUUCAAGUCUCUUUAUGCGUAUGACCACAGCCGAGUAAAAUUAAAGAAAGACGAUGGGAAAUCGGACUACAUAAACGCCAACUUUAUUGACGGUGUGGAAGAAAAAGGCGCCUUCAUCGCCUCUCAGGGUCCUAAGAUCAAUACGAUGGCGGACCACUGGUUAAUGAUUUGGGAGGAAGAUGUCUGCAUUGUGGUGGCCCUGGCUAACCUUUUUGAGAACGGAAAGGAAAAAUGCUACCAGUAUUGGCCAGACGGUGAUAAGAAUUGUCAUGCUGGAAAAUUCGUCAUCAGACAACAAAACAGAAAAGACUACUCGUUUUAUUGUGUUCGGUACUGGUCUGUCCUCAAUAGAAAGACCAAGGAAGAAAGAACAAUAGUACAGUUCCACUUCCGGGAAUGGCCGGACCACGGAUCCCCGGAAGCACUAAGUCUCGUCACAUUCCAGGCGCAUGUUCGAAAAGAGAAAAGUAGAAUGGCGGGCAAGAUGCUUGUUCAUUGCAGUGCGGGGGUAGGUCGUACGGGGACCUUUUUAGCUUUAGAUUCAUUGCUUGAAAAUGGAAGAAAAACAGGAAAAGUUAACGUGUUUGAAUACAUUAAAAAGAUGAGGACCUGUAGAAUGAAUAUGGUCCAAACAGAGGGUCAAUAUGUAUUUAUACAUGAGGCUUUGUUUGAAGCCUUCCGAUACAAAAAACAUGCACUAUCGUACCGAGAAUUUGCCAAGGAACUAAAAAAAUUAACCGGUGAGGACCAACCAACCAAUGAAACGCCCUUAAGGCUGGAAUACAAUGAAAUUGAAUCCAUGAAGCCGUCCUACCCGGAAUCGCGGUACAAAGCGGCACUAAAGGCCAUCAAUAAAACCAGAAACAGAGAGGAGGAGGCCAUGCCGGUUGAUGACUAUAGGGUCUUCUUAACUACCCCUGUCGUUGGAAGGAACGACUACAUUAACGCAGUGUUCCAGUCAUCACAUACUGAAUCAAACGCGCUCAUCAUUACCUGUUCGCCAUUAUCACACAAUGUUGGAGACAUCUGGCGGUUAGUUCAUGACCAUAAUGUAGGUGCUAUAGUUCUUAUGGGAUCAUCUGGCCUUCCAGAGUUUUCUCAUUGGUUGCCGUCCACAGAAGAAACUGUGGAAUUUGAUCCCUUCUUUGUCAGGAGAGCUAUAAGUUUCGCUGGUAACGAAGAGAUAGUAGAAUCCACAGCGAAAUUCAACGUUCAGGAUAGCCAAGAAGUUGAUGAAGUUAAAAUUUUCGAGUUUUUGAACUGGAAUGUCAAUAACGCAUACCCUACAUCUCCAAAGAUGAUGGUUAAAAUGAUCGAACACGUCCAUGAUUGGCGGAAAACCCGUAAUACGGACGGACCUAUUUUAAUUGUGUCUGUGGAUGGAGUGAGUUGGUGCGGCGUGUUCUGUGCGGGUUAUAACUCGGUAGAACAGUUAACGUUUGAUGAUGAGGUAGACAUGUUUAAUAUCGUCAGACAUAUGCGUGUCAGGAGACCCGAACUUAUUCCAUCCUUUGAGGAAUACCAGUAUUGCUACCGAGUUGUACAGAACUACAUUUGUAGUGGAGGGCCUUAUGAAAAUGUCGAGCUUCCAUGGGAAGGAUAAAAAUAUAGCAUUCAGUUAACCAGAUACAGCUCAUCCAAGCCAUUUGUGAUAUAUAGUGCAUUUACAAUCUACUAAGUUAUUACAGACAUCAAUUAACAUGGGA